AUGGAAGCUGAGAUCGCCCGGCACCAGGUGCCGUUUGCGACAGAGGCGCCGGCGACGACCGCCGGCUUCCAGUUCGAGUUCGACUUCAACAACGACCAGCCAGAGACCACUGCGUCGCCCGAGUCUGAGGACGAAGAGAUUCAGGAGGAGCUGGCCAAGAUGAACGAGACCAAGAUGCAGGAGGACAUCGAGAGAGAGGAGGGUGGCCUCUGCUGCUUCAGCGGCGAGAACAGCAAGGACACCUGCGGCACUUGCUACCCCAUGUCCAUCGCGUCCUACAAGAGCCUUAGUUCUAACAAAGUUGGUUGCCUGAAGAGUUUCGCCCCCAGAAGAGCGAGCGCCCGAGGUGCGUGCUUGGCGCCGCCGAUCCCCUCCGCAAGUGCGCCACCGCCUACAAGACGGGCACCUCCAAGGAUCCCUACUGCAGCAAGGACAAGGAGGGCUGCGACAGCUGCCAGGGCGAGUGGUGCCGCGCGGGCUGGAACUCCCACUUCACCCUCACCGAGGGAAGCCAUGGUGCGGAGGCGAGGGACGGGGUGUCAAGCUGGCACAAAUCCCCGGCAGCGCAAACUCGCUUCCGAAAUUGCAACGACGCAGCCGCUUUAUGUCAGCCACUUUGCACAUGUGACGAAACCAAGGCUCCACCAAGAGCAAGUGCGGUGGCUGUGGCGGCACCUGGUGCCACGGACCCCGAUGCGUGAAGGCCUUCAAGGACAAGAAGGACCCUUGCAACAGUGCCUUCCCUUUCACUGGGAUCGCUGCGGCCACCGACUACUGCGCCCUGAACGAGAAGCAUUGCUCCAGCUGCCACGGGGCGUGGUGCAUGAUCGGAAACAUCACGUUCUCCGAUGGCGUCAAGUACGACCCCAACUCUCCCUACGAGUCCCCCAGCGACCAGCGCCUUGA